AUGUUAUAUCUUGUAGUAAUAGUUACUGAAGGUAUUAUUAAAUGUGUAAUACCUGAGCGAAUAAUUACAAUUACAGAAAAUGAACAGUUUUCAGAAUUGUAUGAAAUAUUUACUUCUGGACAAUUUAAUAAUCAAAAUGUUAAAGUUUAUGUUCGUCAAAAUAGAGUUAACAAAUGGGUAGAAGUAAGCGAUGGGUUAAAUAGUGAUCUUAAAAUUAUGGAAGUUUUAGGAUAUAAUCAUCAUCAUACUGAACAUACUAGACGUGAUUUAUUAUAUAAUGAGAUUAUUGAUCUUUUACGUAAUCAAAAAGCUGGUUGGAAAGGAGGUGUUCACCAAACUUUAGGAAAGGAGUUUGUAGAGCGUAUUGCAAAUGCUAUUUGGUAUAUUGAUCCACAUUUAAAAUUAUUACAAUCUCAUUUUUGCCAUAUUCCUGUGCUCUUUAAAGAAUUAGCAACAUAUGCAAAUGAUGAUCCUGAUAUAAAUACAUACGGCAGUUUCAUCAGUUCUUAUUUAAACUGA